GGCUGAUGGCGCUGAGUCAGCAACACGCGCUGGGCAUGCCGCCUCACGUGACCGCGAGUCGGGAACGAACCUCCUCGAGCAUUAUUGCCGCCUGCGAAGGUCUGGAAUGUCUUCAUCCCGGAGACUGUCCGUCUCGUGAGUUGCUCCAGAUACGAGAGUCUGGGACUGACUGCGGCUGUCGGACUCGACAACUUGACUCGCGUUUCCCCUGCCACAGCGCCACAGCACUUCAGCAUUCCAGGACAGGCCCCUCCUGUCUCCUGCCAGCUCUCCCCGCACUCGCGUCUCCGCCCAAUGAUGCCCGCUUUCACGUCGCUCCCCAAUGGACAGACCCAACUGCUGUCUUGAAUCGUCUUGACUCCGUGCUAUCCCGAACAUCCUCCCCCCCCCCUGUAUAGUGUCCGUGCCCGACCGGGUGCGAUGUCAAGGCCAUGGAGGCCGAUUGGGAUGAAUUGUCGCGCAUUCCGGUGCCCGCUCCGAGCCUGCACGCCCUGCCGACAGCCGCGACAACAAUAGCCUUUGAUGAUGUGAUGGAACUGCUGUGGGCAGGAAAUGAAUAUGGACGAAUUACCUCCUUUUACGGCCCCGAGUUGCAGCGAUAUACCUCUGUUCGAGCGCACCCGGCGUCUGAGGGCGCGGUGCGGCAGAUCCUGUUCCAUGACAGAGGCGUGAUCUCACUCUCCUCGAAAAGUGUACAUAUGAUAACCCGACGCGGCCUGACACAAUGGCAUAUCACCCACGAGGAAAUGACCGAUCUCCGAUGCAUGAGCUUCACCGCCCAGUUGAAUCGGAUCAUCGUUGCAGGAUGCCAGAAGAUGAUGUUUACGAUCGACAUUGAUAAGGGAAUCAUCAAUGACAAGCUGCCAACCGAGUACAACUACACGAUGAUGAAGAAGAGUCGCUAUCUGUGUGCUGCGACAGAUACUGGGUCAGUCAACGCGCUGAGCCUGAACGACUUCAGUGUAGUGAAGUCGUGGAAAGCACACGGGACGGCAAUCAAUGACAUGGAUGCGCGGAAUGAUCUUUUGGUUACAUGCGGUUUCUCGGUCAGGCAUAUGGGCUCCCCGAUCGUGGAUCCGUUGGCCAACGUGUACGACUUGAAAACCCUCUCCCCGCUUCCCCCAAUCCCCUUUCAUGCGGGAGCCGCGUAUGUACGCAUGCACCCGAAGCUCCAUACGACUAGCUUUGUCGCCUCUCAAACGGGUCAACUUCAGGUGGUGGACCUGAUGAAUCCCAACUCGAUAAACCUCCGCCAGGCGAACGUGUCUUUCAUGCUCGGCAUCGACCUCUCGCCGUCCGGAGAAGCAUUGGCGAUCAUUGAUGCCGAAUGUGCCAUCCACCUGUGGGGCUCACCAGCCAAGGUUCACUUCAAUGAGAUGAGCAAGGAAACCGAGUUCGCGGAUGUAGCCCCGCGGCCGCCCCCCUUGGACUGGUCCCCAGAAACGCCUUUGAACAUGGUCGGCAUGCCUUAUUAUCACGAUCGUCUCUUCUCUGCGUGGCCAAGCCACCUUGUCUUUGAGGUCGGGAGCCCGCCGGCUGCGGUGGAUCAGGCUCUAAUCCCUUAUCUUCGUCCUGCGGAAAUCGGCCAUUAUGCCCCGAACCCGAAGAAAACGCGACGUUACCAGGUUGAGAACACACGCGCGCUCUCAUCUGCGGAACCCGCCUUGAUUGCGCCAAAAUUCCUGAGCGAAAAAGCAAGAGAGCAGAGCAAAGCGAAGUCAGACGGAGCAAUUACCGACACGGUUGAAGCACUGGCAGGUGCGAAGAUAAACGGCGAGGCGGACGACGAUCCUCUCCUUAAAUACAGCAAUGUAGAGAUCAAAUAUAGCAGAUUUGGUGUUGAUGAUUUCGAUUUCAGAUUUUACAACCAGACGAAUUUCUCUGGGCUAGAGACACAUAUUGCCAACUCCUUUACAAAUGCUCUCCUUCAGCUCUUCAAGUUCAUUCCAGUAGCUCGCAACACUGCUCUCCAGCACGCUGCCAGUUCCUGUAUAUUCGAAAACUGCCUCCUCUGCGAGAUGGGCUACCUUUUUGAUAUGCUUGAGAAAGCCAAUGGCCAGAAUUGCCAGGCUACUAAUUUGUUGAAGACGUUCAGUAGCUACCGCGAGGCGUCCAACCUUGGUCUCUUCGAAGAGAACCUGACGAAUAAGUCGCUCUCCGCAGCAAUCCAGGCCGUGAACAGAUUCUUUCUGAAUCAGAUCUCGCAUGACUUCCGCAUGAUCUCACCCGCCUCAGACGACUUUGAUCACCGUUUUACAACGCUUGCGUCCGAAUCCAUUCGGUGCAUCUAUUGCCAGAAUGAAAUUGUGAGACCAGGCAACACCCUUGUCAACGAGCUCCACUAUCCAGCGAUCGACAUCAAGCAAGCUCGACGAAACCCUGCCUUUCGCUUCUCGAAUAUAUUGCGGGCCAGCAUUGAACGGGAGACCCAGAAUCGCGGCUGGUGCAACUAUUGUCGACGUUACCAGCAGGUUGCUAUCCGAAAGUCCGUACACCGCAUGCCUCAUGUCCUGAUGCUGAAUGCGGCACUGAGCAACCCAAUCUGUCGACGGCUGUGGACGAUCCCCGGAUGGCUGCCUGAAGAGGUCGGAAUCGUGGUCGAGAACGGUCAGACCUUGUGCUUUGAAGGCGAUGAUCUCAAAAUGCGGGUGCAGGCUAAGAUGCCCGGGCUCGCCAUCUACGACUUGGUCGGUCUGGUCUGUGAAAUCGAUGUCCCUGAGCAUCAGAAGGCGCAUCUGGUUUCGUUCAUCAAUGUUUCGAUUUCUUCUCGUGAGCCAGAGACCCAAAAUAAGUGGCACCUCUUCAACGACUUCCUGGUGACCGAGGUGGAUAAGGAGGAAGCUCUCCGCUUCAACCAGCCAUGGAAAUCACCGUGUGUACUGGCGUUCCAGGUGAGAGAAGGCCGCCAUGCCGUGAAUGAUAGCUGGAAGGAUGCUCUUGAUACCGGGCUUCUUUUCCGUGAAUGGUCGCUGAACGGUGGCCAUGCCGUGGAAUCAUGCAUCACGCUUUCCGAUGAAGAAAGGCCAGCACCUGGUACACCUGUCGCUCUUGAUACCGAGUUUGUCGAUCUCGAAAAGGCCGAGAUCGACGUGAAAGCAGAUGGCUCCCAGGAAAUCGUACGCCCCAGCAAGAGUGGCCUCGCCCGAGUCUCCGUCCUUCGCGGGUCGGGAGUCCAGGAGGGCGUUCCGUUCAUCGAUGACUACAUCACCAUCAAGGAGCCUAUUGUGGACUAUGUGACUCAAUACUCAGGAAUCAAACCUGGGGACCUGGACCCGAGACUCAGUCAACAUAACCUGGUUCCGCUCAAAGUGGCAUACAAGAAGCUGUGGCUGCUCCUCAACCUCGGCUGUGUGUUUGUCGGACACGGCUUGGCCUCUGACUUCCGCAAGGUGAACAUGCAAGUUCCCAAGAAUCAGACGGUAGAUACACAGUAUUUGUUCUUCCAAUUCGGCAAGAACCGGCGCCUCAGUCUUCGAUACCUGGCCUGGGCGGUGUUCAAGGAAUACAUCCAAGAAGAACCCGCCGAUGACAACCAGGGCCACGACUCCAUUGAGGACGCGCGCAUGGCCCUCCGCCUGUGGAAGAAAUUCAAAGAAUACGAAGACGCAGGCAUUGUAUCCCAGAUCCUGGACGAGAUCUUCCGCGAAGGACAGAAGCUGGGAUUCCGACCCCCGCCGCGCAACGGGGUUCCCACCGUCCUUUCUCGCCCCGGCACUGCGGUAACGAUGCAGAACAACAGUGGGCGCAACACUCCCAACACGCCCGAUGUCGUCGGCGCAGCUGCCAGCGCGCCGGCAACCCCCCGGCAAGCCUUCCGGCGGUCGAUUGCGCUGACUCCCAGCAACGGCAGCUUCGCGGGCCCGGGGACGGGGGACUUCAUCACCGGAAGCCCCCUGAAGUAAAUCUUUUUCUCGCAGUUAGAGGUGCGAAUUUUUGAUGACCCUUUUACGAUGCUAUCAACUUGCUUAUACGCGAUGAGCUGCGAAUGGCUGUGGCGGCAUUGGAUACCGUCUGUCAUAAUUGGUUUCCAUGUGCGGGUUGGACAGAGGCCAGAUAUAGCUCCAGAGAUAGAAAUUCC